AUGGCUGAACCUCGUGCGGCCGAGUACGCUGAGCUGGGCGGGCUCAUGGCCGAGCGCUCCGCCGCCGACACCGAGGCGGCGCACGAGCUCCUCUCCCUGGCGCACAGCCUGCCCCCACUGCCCCUCACGCACCAUGUCGUCACCGUCAUCCACCCCCCUGAGCCCGCCCCCCUCGUCCCCGUCUACACCUACAUCCUCCAGCCCACCAACAUCUACAUCCUAUCCGAGGAGCCUCCGGAGCCUUACUACUACACUACUUUACAAACAGUAAAUCCGUUGCAACCAGUCGAGUACACCGUCGAGCCACAGGUCAGCUACGUUUACCAUCCCUCUCUGCUGCCCCAAGAACACCACCCGCAGCAGGAGUACGAGGAAGCGGAGAUUGAGACGGAGCCCGAUCCCGAGCCCGAGCCCGAGCCCGAGCCCGAGCCCGAGCCCGAGCCCGAGCCCGAGCCCGAGCCCGAGCCCGAACCCGAACCGGAGUCCGAGCCCGAGCGCGAACGCGAGCGCGGGCCGGUGCCGCAGGCGAAGGAGAGAACAGCUAAAUAUAAAUGUAACGAGUGCGGCAAGCGGUACGCGACCUCGUCCAACCUGUCGCGGCACAAGCAGACGCACCGCAGCCUGGACUCCGUGGCCGCCAAGCGCUGCGGCGAGUGCGGCAAGGCGUACGUGUCCAUGCCGGCGCUGGCCAUGCACGUGCUCACGCACCGCAUGGGCCACGUGUGCGGCCUGUGCGGCAAGCAGUUCUCGCGGCCCUGGCUGCUGCGUAGCCACCUGCGCUCGCACACGGGCGAGAAGCCCUACAACUGCGCCGCCUGCGGAAAGGCCUUCGCCGACCGCUCCAACCUCCGCGCCCAUCUCCAGACUCACUCCUCCAACAAGAAGUACGAAUGCGAGCGCUGCCGGAAGACAUUCGCACUCAAGAGCUACCUCAACAAACACCAGGAGUCGGCGUGCGUGCGCUUGGACGACGAAUAA